AUGACGCACACUCCUAUGCGGUAUCUGUCGACACGAGGCGGCGACGAGCGGCUCACGUUCGAACAGGUCAGUUGGUCGUUCCUGGCGAUUUGCCCGAUGUCUGGGCGAGGGUCGGGCGCAGUGGCAGCUUGCAGAAGCAACGGAAUAUGAUACCGUAAUCCAUCGAGACGAUGCCCCGGUUGUCGUUGCACCGGCUGCUUCGUCGUGGAAGCUGGAACGAUGAGCCUCCUCGUCCGGCCCCAAACCCCAGCUCAGCUUAGCUCAGCUUGAUGAGCCUCUUACACCCUUCAGAUUCAUGCUGACCAGCUCCGAUUGUACCACAGACCGUCUUGACAGGUUUGGCACCCAACGGAGGUCUCUACAUCCCCGAGCACCUGCCGCAACUGCCCGAGAACUGGGAAUCCGACUGGGCCGAGCUGCCCUUCACCGAGCUCGCUCUCAACAUCCUUUCCCUCUUUGUCGACGCCGACGAGAUCCCGCGAGAGGACCUCAAGCGACUCAUUGAACGAUCGUACGCCACCUUCCGCCACCCCGACAUCGCCCCGCUGCACCAGACCGGUGAGCGUGAAUACGUGCUCGAACUCUUCCACGGCCCAACCUUCGCCUUCAAGGAUGUGGCGCUCCAAUUUCUCGGCAACCUGUUCGAGUACUUUUUGCAACGCAAGAACGAGGGCAAGAACGACGCCGAGAGGGAACGUCUGACCGUCGUCGGUGCGACGUCCGGUGACACCGGCUCGGCCGCCAUCUACGGUCUGCGAUCCAAGCAGGACAUCUCCAUCUUCAUCCUCCACCCCAAGGGGCGAGUGUCCCCCAUCCAGGAAGCGCAGAUGACGACCGUCACCGACGCCAACGUCUUCAACUUGGCCGUCGAGGGCACCUUCGACGACUGCCAGGACAUCGUAAAGGCGCUCUUCUCGGACGCCGAGUUCAACGCCGAGUACCGUCUCGGUGCGAUCAACUCGAUCAACUGGGCGCGCAUCCUCGCGCAGAUCGUCUACUACUUCUCUUCCUACUUUGCCGCGCGCAAGUUGAUCGGCCCCGAGGCCAAGGUCCAAUUCGCGGUCCCGACGGGCAACUUUGGUGACGUUCUGGCUGGGUACUACGCCAAGCGAUUGGGCCUGCCGUCGCAGCAGUUGGUCGUCGCGACCAACGCGAACGACAUCUUGACCCGCUUCUGGAAAACGGGCCGAUACGAAAAAGCCGAUCCGUCAACUUCCGAGGCUCAGGUUGCUCAAACUGAGGUCGUCAAUGGCUCGACCGAUGGCAAGCAAGCUGCCGCCGCCGUCGCUGAGACCCUGUCCCCAGCGAUGGACAUCCUCGUCUCGUCCAACUUUGAGCGUCUCUUAUUCUACCUCGCAUUGGAAGGGUGCACCGCUUCCGCCGUCGCCAAGGACGGUGAAGUCGACGGUGGACAGAGGGCAAAGGUCCGAUUGGCGGCUCAACAUGUCGCCGAGUGGAUGGACAAGCUCAAGACUGAAGGGAGGGUCGUCGUGCCUGAUGAGGCGGUCAAGAUCGCCCGUAGGGAUAUGAUCGCAGAACGGUGUUCGGAUGAGCAGGUGAUUAAUUUGUCACUCAUUGGUAUCAUAUAAUUGACUCUGUAUGCUGAUCUCUCGUGUCCCUUCAGACGACCGCGACGAUCCAACAAUACUUUACGAACGGAGACAAGUUCGGAUCCUACGUUGCGGACCCGCAUACCGCCGUUGGGCUUUACGUCGCCAACAAGGUCGCCAAGACAAAGUCAGCACACAGCUCACGCCUUGAUAAAGUUUCCAGGAGCUGAUCAGUGUGCGCUCUCUCUCUCUCUUGAACAGUCCUUCCGAUGUCGUCCAGAUCGUGCUUUCGACGGCCCACCCGGCCAAAUUCAACGCCGCCGUCGCCGACGCCCUCCGAUCGCAGCCCUCGUUCGACUUCAAGCGCGAUGUUCUGCCCAAGGAAUUCGAGGGUCUCUUGGAGAAGGAGAGGAGGGUCAUCGACGUCAAGGGGACCAAGCAGGCCGUGCAGGACGUCGUCAUUGAGCAGGUCAAGAAGCUGAGGUCCGUGGGGGGGAGUGAGGUUGCCACGACGGCGGAGAACGGCGCGAGUUUGUAG